GAUCGGCGACUCGAAAAAAAAAACAGACCAGUUCUUGAAAUUGUAUUCGAUGUAAUUAUUUAUUUCGCGUAACCACAACAAAGCCUUGUUAUAUACAUGUAGAUACUAGUGUGACGGUUGCAGAUGGUUUUGGUUCAGAAUACUUAUACUGAACUUUGAAGCAUUUUUUGUUUCCAAGCGAGCCAGUUUAUCACCACCAAGCCUACGGCGGGCAAGUUGUUAGAGGAGUGGUAGAGCGCGUGAUGUAUAGUGGGAAUUGAUUUGUAUUGGGUCAUGUUGCUAUCGUAACGUAGUGUCAUCAGACAAGAUGUAGGAUCGCUUUCCUGGAUCAACACACCAACUUCAAGCGAGUGAAGAAGAUAACUCAGUUAUGAACGUAUCAUUUUGUAUGCUUGGAUUUUUCCCGUCGUCGGAAUGCCAACUAUUGGUCAGAUAGGGGCCCACGCCUGGAAGCCUACCGUUGAUACUUUCUGUUAACAGACGGAGAUAACAUUUUCUCAUUGACAAUUCUGCCAGUCUGAACCAAAAAAAAAAAGGGGUCGCGCGGAAGAAAUGCCUGUAAGGUUAUUUUGAGAAGUCGGGGGAAAUAUUUUGGUGAUUGGUUUAGCUUAUUGCGGAGAUUGUUUUGCUUUUGAAGAAAGAGCCAUGUUGCCGCGCAUGAGUAUUUCAAUGGAACGGGUGAAGGGAGAACCCGAGGUGGACACGGAAGGGGAAGGGAACGAGAGAUUGACCAGUGCCCACCCGUCACUCCGGCCAAAUGGUCCCACCAGUCAGGACAACAAAGUCCGCAUCAAUGUCGGUGGUGUCAGACACGAGACGUACAAGUCCACCCUCAAAAACAUACCGGACACCAGGCUUGCCUGGCUGGCCCAGUCCACGGCUACAAACAGUACGGACUACGACCCAGUGACCGGGGAGUUUUUCUUCGACAGGCACCCGCGGAUGUUCGACGCCGUGCUCAACUACUACCGCAUCGGGAAGCUGCACGCGCCGCGGGAUGUCUGCGGCCCGGCCUUCGAGGAGGAACUCCAAUUCUGGGGCAUCGACGAGAAGCAGAUCGAGGCCUGCUGCUGGUCGUACCACACCGAGCACCGAGACGCGCAGGAGACGCUAGCUAAGUUGAACGGACCAAACUUUGAGAAGAGCGACAGCGAAGAAGAGGAAGAUGUGGCCAGAAUCUUUGGAAUCGAGGAGGAAUACGAGACGUCCAAGAAAACCUGGUACCGGAGAUACCAACCACGUAUAUGGGCGAUGCUAGACGAGCCCUACUCGUCUCGGGCGGCUAAGGUAUUUGCCUUCAUGUCGCUCCUGUUUGUAGUUCUUUCUAUCACAACAUUCUGCUUGGAGACCAUGGCAAACUUUCGAACGAUAGUGAACGAUACCGACACCGGACAAGAGAUCGUUGAGACACACAUAUCGCUGUUCAUCACCGAGGCCGUGUGCGUCACGUUCUUCACAGUGGAACUUGUGGUACGGUUCAUGUUUUGCCCAAACAAGCUACGGUUCUUUAUCACCGUGGAGAAUAUUAUCGACAUUAUGGCAGUCAUUCCGUUCUACGUGGACCUGGGCGAACGCAUCAACGGCGAGCAGACGCUUCAGUUCUGGAACGACUUUCUGAGUUUCCUGCGGAUCGUGAGGAUUUUCCGGAUCUUCAAGCUGGCGCGACAUCUCAGUGGGUUGAAGAUCCUGGUGCAUACCGUCCGCGCCAGCGCCAAGGAGCUCCUCCUCAUGAUCGUGUUUGUGACUUUAGUGACUCUGGUGUCAGCCAGUCUGAUCUACUACGCCGAAAAAUGGACAAAGAACAUUGACGACGAUAACGACUUUACGGACAUCCCAGUGGGGUUCUGGUGGGUGGUAGUCACUAUCACCACCGUGGGUUACGGGGACGUGGUGCCCCGCUCCUGGCUGGGAAGGGUCAUCGGGGCUUGUACUGCCAUCAUCGGCGUGCUGACCCUUGCCUUACCAAUCCCCGUCAUUGUCAACAACUUCUCGCUGUAUUACACGCACGCACAGGCCUCUCAGAAACUGCCCAAGAAACGGAAGCGCGCUUUGGUUGGCGCUGCAGACGUCUUGAAGACGCACGGGAACCACAUGGCAUCAUCCAGCAUCAGUGGCUACUCCACGCAGUCUACUAAUGAGUACGACACCAACAGUUUACGUAGCGAGGAUAGCUGCCUCAGAACUGUUUCUGGAGUGGUAACAGCUAACGGCAGCGUGAAAACGGCUUCAUCUGCAGUAGGCGAGAAAACACAGAUAUCGGUUUACUUCACGGACGAGGUCGGCGAUAGCCCAUCGAGGGCCCGGUCGCCGUUUUCCCCCUCUCAUGGUGGGGCGGGGAAGCUAUCUCCCUCACAACAGAGGAGGCUCGGCAAGAGGGCAAGUCUCAUGCCGUCUGGACACGCCGGAGUGGGACGAAGAGAAAGCUUCGCUCCAAAUGGUGCUGCAAAUCGGCAAAACGGCCGGAGUCGAUCCUUGGCAGCAGGCCCUCUACGUCCACCUCCCCGGCGGAGAUCUCUCCUACCAUCUAUGACCGAAGUGGAUAUGUGACGUCACCAGGUUGUACUACAACGGACACCUUUUGUUCUUGCUUUUGCACAUUAACGUACUCUGGAUAUAUAUCGCAUACAUUUGACCCCCCCCCCAUACAUUUGAAAACACAACGGUCUGCCUCCACUUAAUAUCUGCCAGAUCCUUGUUGUGAGCCUUAAUUAGCUGAGACCAGUGCUGCAAAUUGACGAAGGGUCACAAAAACUCUUAUGCCGAAACGCAGAGCAUUUUCAAAAUUAACUCCGUACAGCAACUGUAGACAGGGGAUUCCCGUUCGUCUGCUAAAUUAUACCUUGCGAUCUUUAGCUUUAAAGGCGUAGUUAUGCACGUAUUCCAAACCCAAUAAAACAGUAUGCGUACUAUUCUGAUCGUAACCGGAUUUCGUCAAAAUAAAGGCUUCAAUGGGUGCCUCUGUAAGAGUAGUCUGUGGAUCAGAUGUUAACGUGUGUAGAGCACUCAUUACGAGCGUCGGAUAUAUCCGCACAUGCUAAUUUUACGCGACCCCGCGUGCCCACCAGCCAAUUGGAGACUUCUUUAGAAGUCGUAACGUCUUUAGAGCAGAAAUUAGCCAAAGCUGUUACUUUAGCAAAAGCUGUCACUUUUCUUUUGAAGUACAACAUCGGGUUACCGCAGAAACGACUGAAGCGCCCGCUGAUUGGUCAGAAUCUGGAGGUCAAAACGCAGUUUUGUGCAUAAUCUGCAUGCAUUAUAUGGAAUUUGCCAUGCAAGCGUUUAUUUUAUUGACAACUGUAACAGCAACCGCUCUGUGAAUCUUAGUUUUGUGGGAGCAUGCGCUGUAGACCACGAUGCACACAGGGUACCGUUAUAAAAGGAAUAUUAAGUAGCUUUUCCCACGAUUUAAGUGUAUGUUCGUGUACAAGCAGAGUUCAUCACGUUGGUUCAAUGUGAGUUGUUAAAUUAUAGUUUUAUUUAACGCUUUUGUGAAUUUAAUGACACUAAAGUGAAUACCGGGGAAACUUUCAAUUACAACCAUCAUGUUUCACCAUCAUGUUUCAUUGUACAUAUUUUUGAAACACUUAGGUGCUGAUGAUCACAGGAUAUUAAUGAGUUCUUAUAAAGCUCCCCCCCCCCCCAAAGUUACAGCUCUUUGAUUUUCAUUUAGUUUUAUUGACCCAUACUCGGUAUAUGAGUUUUCUGUAUCCGUACAAUAUUGAUUAUAUUUCCUAAGUUAUGUACUUUCAGCUCAAUUCAAUUAAUCAAGCUCGUGCGUUUCGUUGUUAGAUAUUGUGCCAUAUUUGUUGCCGUAUAACAGAACAUCUCAAAGACAUUUAUGUAUAUUUUUCACUUGAUCGUAGUUUAGGAUAAAAACACAAACAAUAAAAGUGAUAUAGGCUUUUGAAGUUUCAUGCAUCAAUUUGUAAAAAGCAAACAAAGAGCAGUUGCACAUAAUAUUUUACUUUUUUGUACUCUGUAAUAAAGGUAACUUUAAAGCCUGACGUGUAAAAUGUUUCUUGUGAAAACCGAAGAAAAAAAAGAAUGGAUGAUGAUUGGUUGGAAGAUGCCUGGACGUAAAACACGGACUGACAGACAGACCAAGAAGACAUGGAGAGAAAACACAAACCAGAACAAACACAAAAUCAUCCAAAAUUAUCAGUCUUGAUAUCUAUGGGAACGCGAAUACAGCAAUUUCUAGUAAAGUCAGUUUCUCGACAUACAGGGUGGACGAACAUUUAUUUUACACUUUUUCAGAGACAAAUUUAUCAAAAAUUGAGGAGACGUGUUAACAAUUUUAUUUUAAGAUAUUCCUACACUAAAAGAUAUGGGUGGUAUUAUGGUGAAACGGCGUUGACAAUAAAGGUCAAGUUAAGAACAAUUAGUUUGUCCAAGCUAUGGCAUUCAUGUGGGUCUAAAGUUAAGUUACAUUAUUACAGUUAUUUGUGCACGUAGUGCUAUUGUGUUGACAAACCAUCGCCAUUUCCUGAUUUAGGCUUUAUUUUCAGCGCCGAUUCACCGUAUAACACAAAGAUGCUGUUAUUUAGGAGUAUCUUAAAACAGUUUUAACAAGUCUCCCCAAUUCAGAGAAAUAUGCGUCUGACCACCCUGUUUGGUCAAAUCAAACAUAUUUUUCAUUGAAGAAGUAACACAUGUAAAAAGAAUACUGAAUAAAACACGCAAAAUCAGUUUGAUAAACAGCAAUUUCAUAUGCAUGUAUGUACCGUUACUUUAUUUUAAAUCAGAUUUGCCCAUGACAUUGGACCACAAUCAAAGUAUAAAUGAAACUGGAUCAAAAUUUCAACAGUUUAGACAAACACCUGAAUAAUGUAGAUUUAAAAGUCCGAAUCACUUUGAUAUUCCCCAAUGCAACAGUAAGAUGAAAAAAUGUAUCUGAAAGAACAACAUACAAUUUCAAUUAUACUUUCAAAUUAUACCAAAUUCAGUUACAUGUACAUUUGAUUUAUGUAUUAAAGGUUUAUUUCGAGCACAAAACACCAAAGAUAGAGAGUUAAUUUAUGUUCUUUUAGAUUUUUAUUGCAACAGGAUUUCGUGAUUUGUUU